AUGCCAGCGAAAAAGAAGGGAGGACGCGGAAAGACAAUCAACCUUGUGGACUUCAACGAUGAGUACAUCCCGGAAGAUAACUUAGAUUGGGCAGUGGAAGUUCCACGGGAAAAGUCGCGGGAUGAGUUGGCGGGGGAAAAAAUCGCCAAGAGAGAUUACAGCCGUACGGCAAACAAUGCGCUGAUGGAAAAGGGUGGGUUUCGUGAUAGCCCCAGCGAGCCGGUCAACCGCACCAAAGGGAUAAAUGACCUUCAGCCGCCCUUUGUGGCGCAUUUUGGGAACCUUCGCAACGGCACCACCGAAGAGGAAUUUCUCCGCAACUUUCACGAGGAUUGCAUUGUCACUUCGCGACUCAUUAGUCAAGAUGGUAAGAGCUUUGCGUUUGUGGAGUUCAAAACGGCUCAGGCUCUUGCCAUCGCUCUCGCAAUGGAUCAAACAAUGGUAAAGGGACGCAAGCUCUACGUAGACUUAGCCACGCAGAAACAGGUGGAGCGGCUCCACGGACACAAUGGGAUUUCACGACAGAACCCAGGACAGUCACAGCAGGGUGCUGGACUGCAGCAGUUGAAUCUCACCCGCGAUGCCUUUGGCUCUACGCAAAUGACAGAGCGCGAGAUGGGACACCGAUCUGGGUUUUGCUCCAGGAACGACCUUCAUAUGCUAGCUGAUCUCUCCCGCGAUACGUUGGGGACAGCCACUCGGAGCUCCGAGAGUGCGGCAAGUCCGGUGGGACAACCCGAUUUCUCGAGCUGGCGAAAUGAGGGUCCGGUGGCGCAGCCGGAGUUUCAUACCGGUCUGCCGGAGAACCGCCGAAGCGAUGCCGAGCUGGACCGUCGAGGCGGCAUGGGCGGUGGUCGCAACAGCAAGCGGCAGAGCCCGGUUUCAGCAGGUUGCCUAGCAAACUGGCGCGAUGAACCCAUGACACAACCACCGCCACCGCCGCCGCUGCCGCCGCCCGGGUCAGGCUCUGGGGGCGACAACAGCAAAAACAAUGGCGAGGACGGCCGCAAGGGAGGAUGGGCAAGCGAUGGCGCUGGACGCGGGAACCACCGGGGCCCCCCGAAGUCACAGGCAGCACCGAGGGACGACAGCAAGUGGGAGGCGCUCCGUCGUUGA